GAAGCGCUCUGACGCUGUCCCGAGCCGCCGCGAGGGGGAGCGGAGCUGAAAAGCUACGGCAGCGCCCGGAGGAUCCGGAGCUGCCCGAGCAGCUGCAGGGCGGCGGGUAACGGCCGCUGUCGCUUCCUUUGCUUUGGGUCCCUUUCCAUCUCCCAUUCCGGGCAAGCCGGCCGCUAACCUUAGUGCCUAAACCCCGCGGCUAUGGAGGCGCGUCAGGCCGGUGACCCCCUGCGGCGCGGGGUCCGGGACUCGCCGAAGCGAUGAGGGACUAGGGGGCGCUACACUACCUCCCUCUCGCCCUCCUGCCCUGCUACUCCACACUCCCUCCUCUACUGCGGACCACCCCCUCCCACCCCUCCCUCCAGCCUCGGUCAUUUUCGCCCUCCCCCUCCGCCUCCAGCCCGGCCUCUCCGCGGUCGCUGCCCCGCCCCAUAGGGGGCGCUGCUGAGGGAGCUGUUGGUCUUCAUGCCAUCUCGAGGCUCCAUGCGGAGGAGCAGGAGCCUCUGAGAAAGGCGAAGAGACUUGAGAUUUGGGCUCGUCCUCCCGCCGCCCCCUCUUGCACCCCGCCUCCAGCUGUGCGCGUUUCCCGGCCUCGCUCUCCAAAAUGUGGCAGAGCGUGGGGCUGACCCUGCUGGUGAUCGUGUCCACGCUGCUCUGCGUCCUGCUCUUCAUGCUGUGCGGUUGGUAUGUCGUUUGGCAUCUGUUUUUGUCUAAAUUCAAGUUCCUCAGAGAGCUGAUAGGAGACACAGGAUCCCAACAGGGAGAUAAUGAACCUUCAGAGUCAGAAGCAGAGCCGGAGUCUCCACCUACUCCCCAAAGGAUCAGACCCAAAACAGUCUGGCAUCGGAGGCCACCUGUAGAAGAAACCUCAACCUGAUAUAGCAGCACCUCAGGCAUUUCUCCUUAAGAAGUGAUGAAAGGUGGUUGCUUAUGUGUGACUCAAUGGUUUUAGGAUUUCCUGAGAUUCUGACUAAAAAACUUGUAUUCUUGAAUUUUAAAUGCAUAACUGCUUUAGGCAUUUAGAAGAAGUUUGCAUGAAAGCCAUAUAGAAAUAAAGGGAAUAAAAAACAAACUAGACCAUUGCAAGUUUUUCCAUCUUAAAAAAGUAGCCAUGUGUACCACUUCCUGGUUCUUUGAUUUAUUUUUUUCUACUGGUCUGACUAUAGUAAAUGUAAAAGACAUAAAGCAGUUUUCUUUAUAGCACAAAAAUAUUUAUUAACACACUUAGUUUGACCCUUUACUGAUUUUUCUUUUAAAAAUAUAUUUGUUUCUAUGUGAUAUGUUCAAAACCCAUGAUCACCUGAAAGAUAUUUCUUCAAUUCCAACUUUAGAAAGAGGUUUUGUUAUUCUUAUAUAGAAGGACUUCAUGCUAAAUUAGUUAGUUGUGGAGAUAGUAGUCCUUAAAAUACCAGGAGAUGAUUGCAAAGGUCCUUUUUAUUUUUGAGAGAAAAGGGGGUUAGAUAAUGGUAGAAAGGGUUAAAACUUGCAUACAUGUACGAUUGUUGCUAGACUUCUAUGUUUGUCUUAGAAGAACUUCAGAUAUUGUGUUUAUCAGAGAUGAAAAGGUUUAUGAGUUAAUUAUCUUUGCUGUUUAUUUUCCUCAAUUGUUAUUUGCCUCAUUCACAUAUCCACCCACUAUAUAAUGUCUAAGCAUUUUUAACAUUAUAUAUAUGGUACCAAAUACACUUUUUCUUGUUCCUCUCAAACAAAACUGUGUGCACCCCACUUUAUUCUUUUAUAGUAUUAUCAUUUUUGGUUGUUCAUAUUUCUUGGUGGUAGUAUAUUUGUUUAAUGGUGCAUUUCUUAUUUCCUGAAUUAUUCCUAUUGCACACAAGUUUUUGUCAAUGUAACUGAUUAAAUGUUUUAAUGUGGCUAUUCAGGAAUUCUGAAAAAAGAUUGAUCCAAAUACCAUAAUCCCCUUUUUCCCCCCGCCCCCUUUUUUGCCCCACACUUAAGGGAAAGAUAAACAUUAGAAUUUAUAUUUUGGGACAAUCUAUCUUGCUUCUUUAGAUAAUCCCUUAUAGUUGAUUUUUUUUUUGUGUUACUGGUCUCAAAAUACUGUUUCUGAACAGGUUAAACAUACAAAUCAUUAAUCUAGGAUUUUUGUGGGGUGACUUGUGUAAAUCACAAGGGAAACAGUAAAAUAAUCACCUGAAUAGAUCCUUAGUUCUGAGAAAAAAUGAUUAGAUUGAAAAUUUUAUAGUUAAAUUAUAAUAAUUAGGUUCUACAUUAGAGCCUAUGCUGACCAUACUUACCUGAGAAACACUAAAUAGCUAGUAGCCUUCCUUUUGUGCCAGUAUUAUUGUAGAAUGAAUGUCUUGACUCUUCCCUGAAAAUUAUAGAAUGAUCAUUCCAAAAUAAUCGCUUCCAUAUAUCAGGUAUUUUUGGUCAGGGAAGAGGAGAAGGAAUAAGGAAUGGCACUAUGUUCUGAAACCUAUGCUGUGACUGUGCUUUGUUUUUGCAGGGUUAUAAUUUUCAGGAAAUUUUAUGUACUUAAUUUGUAUUGGGUUAGGAGGGAACGCACAACCCUUUUCCCACUCGUUGUCAUAGAAUCUUGAAUUGACCCCACUACCUCCUAAGGCUACCUGUUCUACUUUUGGGCCAGCUCUGUUAUUAGGAGGCUUAUCCUUCAGUUAGCCAGUACCUAGUCUGUCAAUAUAAUUUUGUGUGAAAGGAAUUACUGAUAUUGGUAAUAUAAAAUUCCUCUAGCUGUAAACUGACAUUGAUUGGUUUGUUAAUUCAAGAUGUGAGAUUCCCACAUUUCUGAGGUCACAGUAUGUGUAGCUUAAUCAAGUCUUCCUAGGUUUUUUGUCUUUUUUUUUUUCAUAAUAAGUGAACCUUUUCUCUCCAGGGCUAUCCAUUUUUUUUUUUUAAGUGAGGCAAUUGGGUUAAGUGACUUGCCCAGAGUCACACGGCUAGUAAGUGUUAAGUGUCUGAGGCCGGAUUUGAACUCAGGUACUCCUGACUCCAGGGCCGGUGCUCUAUCCACUGUGCUACCUAGCUGCCCCCAGGGCUAUCCAUUUUUAAAGGAAGCGGCAUACUUCCAUAUUAUAUCAUAUCAUAGCCUUGUCAUUCAGAAUACAUAUUUCUAGCCAUUUACUUAAAUGGAAUGAAAAGAGAAAUGGAUGGCAAAUCGUAUAUGCUUAGUGGAGUAUUAAUUUCUACUUUAUUAUUCUUUUGGCAAUUCUUUUUUAAAUAUGAAUAAUGUACCCCCUUUACUGUAUUUUCUAGUCUUUUAAGAAGAGCAGUAGAAAUAGCCCAUAAUCAUUUUCAAGUUUGUUUUGUGACUGUAAAAUAUGUAAAUCAGACUAUAACAUUUUUUCAUUAGUUGAAUUCUUAGCGUGAUGGUGACCUUGAAGCAAACUUCAAUUUUAUGAGAAAGCAGAUGCUGAUUCUAGGACUGAAUACUUAUUUUAAUCAAGUGUAUAGUACUAUGGAGAGUCAUUCUGUAGUUCAGAACUCAAAUUGUGUUUGUCUUUCCCCGACUCUAUUCUCAAAUACUCCUCUUCCUUCUACAUAAGAGGAUAUAUGUAACUUUGUAGAUUAGGUAGUUAUUUGAAUGAAGAUUAGCCAAAUCAGUUGCAAUGCUGUGAACUAGAUGCCAAUAACACUAAUCCUUUGAAUAACACUGUUAAAUGAUGACCUUGAUCUUUAGAGUAAACUAAUGUUAGUAUUCAUAGAGUUUGAAAUCUUUCUAAUGAAUUUGAUAAUGAAGAUGUAAAUGGGUUACCGGAAUAUGAGAGAGAACCAGUUCAGAGACUUUUGGCCAGCGUCCUAUGAUACUUAACUGUUACAGACUGCUCUGUAAGUUCACAAAAACAUGUCAAGGUUCUGUUUUCAUAAAAAUGUAGAACUACAUGAGGUCUGAGUUCUGAAGAACAUAUUAUGCUUUUGGAAUAUUUUGACAUUUUUAUCAAAAUACAUUUUGUAAAAUGCAAAAACAUACUUCAUCUUUUUAUUUUUAACAAAAGAAAAAUCUCAAACACAAAUCAUUUAAAUCGUUGAUGUAAUCUUUUAAAAGUGGCAUUUGUCUUUAAAAAAAGUAUGCCUUAGUAUCAUACCCAUUUAGUGAAUGUAACUUUAGGUUUUUGUUUGCCAGACUUCGAACAUUUCUUUAUUUGAAGUUGCCUCUUAAUAAAGUGAACAGCAAUCACUAUACAUACUAUACAAAGCAGUUAUUGGAAUAGGUCUUUGCUAUGAGGUCUAGACUAAACACUGGGUACUGUCUGCUUUCAGUGAAUAGAUAAAUUAUGGUUUUGAACCUAGAAAACAUAAAGAGUUUAAUUCUCUUUUAAAACUUUUAGUAGAGGGUUUUGAAAAAUCUGCUAACAAGCACUUGCUGACUUUUAUUUUAUGGUGAAUGUUUAACAUAUAUCCAAAAGCUUAAUUCUAUGCAGCUCAUUCACCAAAUACUGCUGCUGUGGCUACUUACAGUAAAUACUGUGUGAUGUGCUGCAAAACAUUGUCAACUUGCUGCUUGAUGUUAGGUUUACAUUGAAUUAGACUUGUGUUAUUAUAGUACUUUUUUGUACAAAGAUAUAUCAUAUCUUUUGGAGAUGUUGAGGAAUGUGUAUGUGGUUAUUUUGCUUCUUCAGUGUUCCAAGUGAUAACUGUUAGAUAUUGUACUUGAUGCUUUUGUGGUUUUGUCUUUAUCAUCAUGUUUCUUUCAAAUGUUUCAUUUUAAACUGACUUUACAUAAAAUAAAUAAAAAUGGAAAGCAACAAAAUAA